AUGGUACGCCAAAGAUCUCGCCGCACAAUUGAAGAAGUCUAUGGAACAAAAUUUGAGACACCAAAACCCUCAUCUGCCAAUAAUGCCAAAAAUCCCGGAUAUCAAACCAAUGUCCAUGAUCAUGGUUAUAUUAUUAAUUCAAAUACUCCCUAUUAUACGACUCCGGCUCUAGCCGCCCCACAAUCCUCUCUAACCAGUAAUGGGGCAUUAAAUACUUCGAGACGUAAAACCACAGCAACAACAACAACGGCUCGUAAUAAUGGAAAGCUGCCAACUGGUGGUGGUACAUCCCACAAGACUGGUAGUAGCAAAGAAAAAGAGGAUAUUAGUAAGGAUUUUAACACUACGAAAAUGAAAACAUCUCGUGCUGGUCAUGAAAUUGGCCAUGAGAAGUCUUCAUAUGUUGGGACUGGUGUCAAUCAAUAUCAUGACAAUAAGACCUAUAGGCCGUAUAAUGAACUUAACAAGGAGUAUCGUAAUGUGACGACAGGCAGUCAUCAACAGCAACACCACCAUCAUAAUCAUCAGCCUGCCAAUCAACAACAGCAUCAUCCCCAUCACCAUCAUCAGCAGGAUGAGGAUAAGGACGAUGAUACAGAGGAGUUUUUCCAACUUAUCCGGCAAACAGUGGAGAAUGCUAUUGGGAAAUCCAUUUCGGAAUUAUUGAAUCGUAAUUUCCGUGAACUGAGUUCAAAGAUUGACCGCUUUCAAGGGGAAUUGAAGAACACCAAUGAUCAACUGAAGAAGAUACAUAUGGAGUUGAGUAAUAAAAUUGUUCACUAUGGCGAAGAGAAUUCUCGCCACUUUCGUUACCUUUGCAUGAAAUCGGAAUAUGACAAAAUGUUCUAUCAGCAUCAGACAAUGAUGUCGGCAACUGCCCUGCCAUCGAAUAACCAUUCAACGAAACACAAUAAACGUAUGAGUCCACGUCAAUCAAAGCCCUCACCAAAUCAAAGUCCAACUUCUUCAGAAAAUGAUGUCCUACUAGCUCCCUGUACGUGUCGUAGUACCAUGAAUAAUAAAACUCCGCAAAAAAUCUCCACAAAGGAUCCACAAAAAUCCUUAUCAAAUGAACGAACCGCAUCUGACAUUUGUGAAAAGUCGUCAGAUGUUGGCUUGCGUGAAAUUCUCGAUCAGUUGCAAAGAUUUUUCAUGGAAAUGAAGGAGUUAAAACAAUGUCCCAACACUUCGACUCGAGGGAAUUCGGAUAUGACUUAUCGUCGCGAAAAGGCUAUACGCAUAAACAAGGAACUAUUUCACGGCGGCUUUGACGAUGAUGAUUUUGAAAUGAGUUCGGAUAGUAUAUCACCUCGUAGUGUUGACAAUUUAGACAUUCCUCAACAAUAUGGCGGUAUGACUGUAAGGACUUCAAGUACAACAAGGACGCAGCAUAUGUCUGGAGGUGGUGGAGGAGAUGGUGGUGAUGCUUCGUAA